GCGCCUGCAGCGUAGCUUUGGAACGCAGGCCUGUGUUUUGAUUUUGGUUUACAUGUGGUAUGGGGAUUUAAAAAGCUUGGAAUAACUGUUCACACAAAGUAAUUAACGGAAAUGGCGACUAAAGUACAUAAAGUGCGUUAUUACAACCCAAAGCCCGAUUCGAUAAAUUGUGUUUCAUACAACAAAACCAGUAAACAAAUUGCUCUUGCGAGAGCGGAUGCUUCCAUCGAGAUCUGGGAUCUGUGUUUUGCGCCUUAUUUGGUAAAGUUUAUACCCGGUGUUGAGAAUAGUUCUAUUGAGGCUCUAGGUUGGGUUUGUGACAGGUUGCUGUCGACAGGACUGGGUGGCGCCUUAGUAGAAUGGGAUCUCCAAAAAUUGAAUAAAAAGACCACAGUGCUCCUUACGGGGCAUGCGGCUUGGUGUCUCGAUGUUAAUUCAUCAAAUACUCUAGUUGCUGUUGGUACGGAACAAGGUUAUAUUAAUCUUUAUAGUGUUGAACAUGAUGAAAUUACCUACAGGAAGUUGUUUGACAAGCAAGAGGGCAGAAUAAUGUGUUGCAAAUUUGAUAAGGCAGGCAAUGUGCUAGUGACAGGUUCUAUUAAUACUAUAAGAGUUUGGAAUGUGGAGACAGGUCAUGUUACAUGUCGAAUGUUGGCUAGUCGACGUGGCAAGGAAACAAUAGUGUGGAGUUUGGCAGUACUGUCAGAUAAUCUGGUUGUAUCAGGUGAUAGCCUAGGGAGGCUCACAUUUUGGGAUGGAAUUCUUGGAGAACAAAUUGAAUCCUACACAACACAUAAAGCUGAUAUAUUAUCAAUAGUUGUGACUGAUGACGAGAAGAGUUUGUACUGCAGUGGAGUAGACCCUGUGAUUGUUAACUUCAUCAAAGUAAACAACAAUAAUAAUAAACAAUCUUGCCUACAGUGGGUGAAAAAUGUGCAAAGACAUAUACAUGAACAUGAUGUUAGAUGCUUAGUUCUUAAUGGUGAUAGGCUUGUUUCUGUUGGAGCCGAUGGUUAUCUCACAUUAUCUAGCUACCCACCAAAAUGGGUUAUGAGAGUUCCACCAAUGAUUCCAGCACCUAGAUCCUCUAUAUCUGCAAGGAAAAAGAUGAUUCUAUUAAGAUAUAAGAAUCAUUUAGAAGUAUGGAAAUUAGGUUCCUAUGCUACAAAUGAAAGUGGAAAAGUUGUUUUUAGCAAUCCAAGUAAUUUUUCAAAUAGUAUGGUUAAAGAUAGCAAUGAACAAAUAGAACAGGACACAGCAAUUGCAAUUUUAGAAAAAGCAAAUAAAAAACAAAGUAAAAGUCAGAGCUUAACAAUAGUAGACAAGCCAGUCAAAUUGGUGUUGGUAAAAACUAAAGACGAUAAACAGAUAAGAUGUUGUGGACUUUCACCAAAUGGAGAAUUUAUCAUUUAUUCUACAGAUAGUGCUAUCAGAAUGUUAAAGCUAGAAACAGAUGAGGACAAAUCGAAUACUACGCUAUCGAAGAUGCCGGUGAGCGGUGCGCCGGCGUCCUGUGAUCGCGUCGCGUUCACAGCAGACUCCAGCCUUGCGUUGAUCACGUGCGAGGACCGUCUGCUAGUCUUACAGUUGGACCCGCAAGUGGGAGCCAUAGCCCAAAACCAUACCAUACCUAUCUAUAAAUAUUUGAAGUCGAAUACCAUAUUGCACCUCCAGGUAUCAGAUAGCACGUCCUCGGGGACCGUCUAUUUAGUGGUGGUGGACACACAGGGUGCUAUCGCGGUUUGGACCAAGGGCAAUCGCAAGUUCGAACAUUACGUCACGCUGCCGACCUACAAGUGCACACCGUCCGCUCUGACAGUGGACUGCGCUCACGAAAGCCUCGUUGUCGUUUAUGUGGACCAGAAGAUUACCGAGUACGAUUUGGUGAAAAAGAAGUUCUUAGAGUGGCCUAAUAACGCUCUCGCUCAAGAGUGGGCGGAGCGACGCAGCGCCGUGAGCUCAGUAUGCGCGCACCCGACGCGGGACGCGCUCGUGUUCAGCGACGACACCUCGCUAUGGGUCAUGGAGAGGAGACAGGGGCAACCGGAAGAGCCCGUCGCCAAAAAGAAGGUCAAGGGAGGAACAAACUUUGGAUUAAAAGUUAUACCAAUCAAGUACUUGGUCGGAUUCCACUGGUUGGACAAAGACGAGGCGGUCAUAUUAGAAAUACCACCGGAGAAUAUUGUCAUGCAGCUGCCGGCAGUAUUAAACAUGAAAUAAAUACAAAGUUAUUUACAAAAAUCGUUACGAAC